GCCCUCCCAGACAACAACACAAGAAUCCAAGAUGGCGACUUUGGGCGAGAAAGAAGAAGACAGGGGCAGUUCAAGCUCCAGUGGAAGCCGUUCAAGCUGGUAUUUAGUCCAGGAUACAUCAUCAACUGUGAUUGAUAUUGGAGAUUCUGAUGAUCUACAAUCUGAAGGAAAUGGUGUUAUAUCACUUGAAAGCCCUGCAGAAGGCAGUCCAAAGAAGCAAGGCAUUUCAGAAAAGGAAUUCAUGGAAAGAAUACAGGAACGAAUGGCUUCUGAAGUUAGUGGAUAUGUGUGGCAAGCUGGAACCAAGUCUGCUAAGAGAGCUUUUGAUUUGUAUGCCAAUAUUGAUAUCUUACGGCCAUACUUUGAUGUGGAACCAGCAGAUGUCAGAAACAGGCUUCUCUAUUCACUGAUACCUAAGUUCCCUUCAGUAACAUCCCCUCAGACAGUCGUAGGUGAACUGUAUGGACCAUUGAUGUUGGUAUUCACUUUGAUUACUGUGCUACUGUUUGGUAUGAAGUCAUCAGGACACACUGUGCAAGAAGGCACGUUAAUGGGCACAGCUUGUGGACUAUGUUUUGGAUACUGGUUUGGUGGUUCUGCCUUCUGCUAUUGUGUGGCCUAUUUCUGUAACACCCAUCUAACCUUUCUUCAAAUUCUUUCUUCAACUGGAUAUGCUCUGUUUGGUARUGUGCUAUGUCUGUUCUUCACCACCAUUGGCUAUCAUCAUUCACAUUCAUUCUUCUAUGCUCUCUGGAUGAUCUUUGGAGGACUUUCUGCUAUGAAACUGGUCAGUGUAUAUGCAAGCAGAACAUGGAAUCGUCGCCAUGGAAUUAUUGCUGGUUGUUUUGUUGCUGCAUUGCAUCUUUUGUUCCUUCUUUAUCUUCAUUUUGCAUUUCACAGUGUUUAUGAAGAACCCGGAGCAGUUCUUUCACGUCACACACGUGAAGUCUUCAUCCCUACAAUGGAAUAUAAUAUCGCUGCCACGCAACAAGUAAUCACACAAAGAUUGCCAAGAAUAGAUGUCGCUAGAGAAGUGUUUACCAGGGCAGCUAGAGUUGCAAGAAGCAUUAAUGACACUGUUAUUGCAACGCCAGUGUUCUCAAUGUGAUGGAAGAAUACCAUAACGACUGAGAAGUGGAACUUGUCAGCACUCAAUGGGAAAAUAGUUGCUUUAAUAUAGAAAAAAUAUUCUAAAAAUUCUUUAUUUUAAUCCUCAUCAUUGAAUCCGGCCGACCACAUGCAUAAUCAGGAGUAGUACUAGAAGACUAUUAGUAUAAGACUUAGCGUUAAGCGUUAUUCAUGGUUGUCGUGGCAAUUUGAUCGGGAAAUGAACUGAUGCAACUCGCUUUGCUAAUUUUUAGACUGUAAUUAGCUAUAGAUGAGGGGAACAGUACUAUUCCGUCUGUCAGUACAAGUAAAAUUAUUAGCAUUGACGGCCUGUAAUGGAGCAUUUUUAGCUCACAAUCUCAAAAGAAAUCCAUUUUGCGAAUGUGUUCUUAAUUCAAGCCAUAGAUGCAGUACUUUUCAAUCACUUACUUUACCUAACGAAGGAUUGAACAUGGUGAUAUCAACACUGAAUGGUGUACCAUAAAAGGUACCAGAAAUAGGGCAAAGAAGAACAUUUGAAAUAUUUUUUUCUUGUUUUGGGGUUGGAGGUGGGGUGGGGGAGCACUGAAAUAUAGCUAUUUCCAAAAUGUUGUUUGGAGUUCUGAAUAUUGCAUAGUGAAUUGCGGCCGAUAACCAGGUAGAAAUCUAAAAUUAAAUGGCGUAAGGGAUGGACAAAAAGGAUUUCUGUAUUAUGUAAGGAAAGAGACGUGGUCUUCAACAUUACGAACCUGCUGGGUCAACCGACUGUAGUUUAUUGCUAUACUAGGGCCACAUCUUAGAGUGCUGUAAAGUUUUAAAAUGCCUGUAAAAUAUUAGCUCGGGAAACCCCUCAAAAUGGGAUAAAUUGAUUUAAUAAAGAUAUCUAAUAUUUGAAUAAUCAUA